AUGUCCAUGCUGCAGCUGACAGCAGCACUGUACAGAGUCAGCAGCCAGCAGAGCUUGCAGCUUAUUGGUGCAGAGGUGCGCUUCCAUGGUAACCAUCGCAGGAUGCUGGCUGAGGUAGAGGAGUGUGGUCACGAGCACUUCCUGUUCUUCAUCCUCCUUCAUCCAUCGUCGGGCAACACAGAGACACACAGGAAGACGUUUCAGAAACCAGUGGGAGGAAGCAGGAGUACAAAGAGAAAACCCACGCAUGCAGAAAAGCCCCAGGAGGAGAACGUCGACGUGAAGGCUCUGAGGGCACGCUUCAACAGCCAGGCCAGGACCUCGGACACCAGCAGCAGAGACAGCGGCUCGCCAAAAUCCCCGCGGCCUGGUUUUGGGAGAGGGCCCCAGCUUGUGACGGAGAGCGACUUGGCUCAGAAAAUAGCCUCAGCAGUUCAGACUCGGCCGUACCAAGGCGGGCCGAGGUAUCCCAGGGAGGAGCCCGUCGCGGCCCCUGCGCCCGCUUCGUUGCCCCGGCCGCCUCCCGCUUCUGCGGUCAAAGCGUCCCCUCCGGCCGGAGACACCAACAGGGUGAAGCAGACCGGAGAGAUGCUGCAGAACAUGAUGCUGAGGCACCAAAGACCUCUGGGCGUCCCGAUGUCCCCGGCUCGCUCGCCGGUGCUGGGUCCGUCUCCCACCGCCACGCCGCUGCUGCAGCAUCAGCCGCGGCAGAAGAGCACAGGGGAGGUGACCCCUCUCAGGAGACCCCUGCCUCCGGAGGGGCCCCUGCCUCUCAAACCGAAGCGGCCCCCCAAGGUCAACCUGGAGCCCUACAGAAAGAUGAGGCGAGCCGCGGCCCAACCUGACCAGAGGAGAUACUCGACGGAUGUGAGAGCGCCUGCGCUGGCUGGGAUGAGCCCCCCGAAGCCUCCACAGCGAUCCAGCAAACCAAAGACGCUGCAGCAUCAGAGCGCCUCCAUAGACUUUGAGAAUGAACAGGAGACGUAUGACGACGUUGGAAGUUUUGAAAAGAACGAGUCCUUCAGCGACAACAACUCCCAUUCCAAGGACGGGUACGAUGAGGAUGACGAUGACGAGGAGGACCUCUAUGAGCUUAUCGAUGAAGACAUUGGGGCGGCAAACCAUUUGAUUGCUGAGAACAACAAGAAGGACGCAAAGAGGCAGCAGGAACAAGAGAAGAAGGAGCAGCUGGAGCGUCAGAAGAAACAGGCCGAGCUGAAGAGGAACUUCCAGAUACAGGGCGAGGUUGUGGUCCUUCACACAGCCAAGGUUCGGUACGACUGGCCAGCCGAAGGAAAACUGGACCUCAGCGUCAGACAAGGAGAGAGCGUGGAGAUCAUCCGCGUGGAGAAUAACCCCAGGGGCAAAUGGUUGGCCCGUUCCCUGGGCGGACAAUACGGAUACAUCAGCAAUGCAUGUGUGGAUAUCGACUAUGAAGCGGUUAAACGAUUUAAACAGCUGCCGUUGAGAAAAAUGAGCACGUUUGAUUUACCUCCGCCACCGCCGGACCCUCCCAUGAUGUCAAACAUGGAGUCCAACAACAGGGACAGCUUUCUUCAGGACGACGACGACUAUGAUGAUGUUCAAGCGUUGCCUGAGGACUUCCCCCCACCUCCGCCUGAGAUUACCCUAGACCCCAAAAUGGAAAAGGAAAUGAGAAAGAAAUUUAAGUAUGACGGACCUCUCCGGGUGCUGCACAGCAUGAUGGUGGAUCCCAACGCGGUCAUAAAGAAGCCGGGAUCAAAAGAUCUCCAAGUGGUGAACGGAGAAGUCGUGGACGUCAUCGACGAAACCAGCAGCAAGAAAUUUCUGUGUCGGAACAGUUUAGGAAAAUACGGAUACGUGCCGAAACAUUUCCUACUCCCAAUGGAAGGAGACAUUUAUGAUGACGUGGACAACCCUGACAAUGUUUAUGACAACGACGAACCAGAGAUGGAUUACUAAGGCGUAUCAAACUAACUGUGCACUUAAAACCCACGGGAGCAAACUGUUCAGAAGAGGAGCUUCAGCUGUUUCAAACUGGAAUAAAACCAAGAGGGUUGUACAAGUUUUGCUGUUAUUUUAAACUUUGCUGGACAGAAAACGGACGGAUUUUUCCGUCGGUCUCUCAAACAAACAAGCUGUGCUGUAAAAAAAGAAAAAAGAAAUCAAACUAGUGCUGUGGCGCUCAAACUAGUUGCAGUAAAAACAAGUCAACUACAGUCACAUUAGUGAACCAUUACUAAACCAUUACUUAAACAUUACUAAACCACAGUAAUUAUCUGUUGAAUAAACCACAACAGAUGACGUAACUGCCUGUGGUCUCGUCUCUUUCCAACCAUUACAUUUAUUUUCACAUAAUAUCAACACACAAACACACACUGAGAAUAACAAACUGAUUAUUGUACUGCUUGUCGAAAUGCUUGUAUAGAUUUUUUUUAUACACUAUUUCUGUUGCUUUGUGUAUUUCCUAGCGUUGAAGGUAAUUUAAAAUAAAUGUAAUACUGUCUCUGAUUGGA